AUGUUUACCCGGUUUUUAUGCUUUGAUCACAGCAGGGGGGCAGUGGGCCACGUGGAGCCAAGCGAUUGGCUGCAGCCAAGACUGGAGCCGCUGAUGGGGAUCACACGGAUACUCCCAAGGCCCAAAGCGGCACAGACGGACCCAGGAUGGAGACCUCAUUCUCUUGGCUCUCCUCUACUCCUUAAUCGCUACCUCCCACACUCCCUGCAACCAACAGAGGAAACACCUGAAGGAACACCUGGGGCGGCGACCAGGGCAGCAGAUGCACCCCGCCCGAGAGGCAGGCCGCCUGGGAGUGGGGGAGGUACACCUGGGGGAGGUGGCACUUCUGGGAGAGAGGGGGGGCGGCGGAAUGCAGGGGAUGGGGGAGCGGGGCGAGGGGGAGUGGGAGGAGCAGCAGUGGGAGGAGGGGGAGUGGGGGUAGCAGGGGGGACAGGGGGAGGAGUAGGGGGUGGAGUGGGGGGGGGAGUGGGGGGAGGGGGAGGAGUGGGCGCAGCAGCGAUGGAUGAUGGGGCGGUGGCAGUGGUGAACGAUUUGGGUCUGCCGGCUGACUGGGUUCGAAUCAACGUCCGCCGAUCGCCGGACUGCUUUGAGAUCUACGCUCUCGUCCCAGGCCUGCUGCGGGAAGAGGUGCGCGUGCAGUGUGAGCCGGCAGGGAAGCUGGUCAUUGCAGGGGAGCCAGAGCAACCAGACAACCCGUGGGGAGUGACGCCAUUCAAGAAGGUGAUUCUGCUGCCUGCAGCCAUCAACGCAAAUCAGACGUCAGCAGUGGUAACCCUACACGGCCAGCUGUAUCUUCCCCCUCCGCCCCUGCCGCCGAUGGGGGGAGGGCAGGGGCAGGGAGGACAGGGGCAAGGGGGACAAGGGCAGGGGCAGGGGAAUCAGGGGAAUCAAGGGCAGAUGGCGCAGGGGCAGGGGGGGCAGGUUCAGGGUCAGGGUCAGCAAGGGGUGGUGGCGCAAGGAAUUUCGCAUGCACAUGGGCAUGGGUAUGGGCAUGGGCAUGUUAAGCAGCAGUCUUUCACUCAGGAAACUAACAGACAGAUGAUACCCAAGGAUGAAGGUGUGGAGACCUCGCCCCUGCUACAGCAGCAGCAGCAGCAGCAGGGUGGGAUUGAUGCAAGGGCAGGGCCACAGCAGGGACUGGCAGCAGGGCAUGCAGCAGGAAUGCAGCAGCAGACAAACCCUAACCAACUGUUACGGCACCAGCAGCAGCAGCAGCAGCAACCGGUGCAAUCUCAGGUGCAGCCAGCACAGCAGCAGAUGCAACCGCCUAGAGGUGGGCGAUCAGCUGAUGUGGAUAUGAUGGGUAGGGAUGGAGGUGAGGGGUUGAGGGAGGGUGGUAAGGAUGGGAAUGCGAGUGUGAAUAAGCCGAAUUUUACCACCGAGUCGCAAAAUGGGAUGGUGCAGCAGCUGCAGCAACCACAGCAGGGGAAGCAGGCGGAGCGGGAGACUGGUAACAAUGAGAUGAAGAUUGGUAUGGCGGUUACUGCUGCUUCGUAA